AUGGGCAGCUUAGUCAGGUCCCUGCUGCUGCUGCUACUGCCUGUCUUGGUGCUGUGUGAAGAUCUGCCAGAGAGCUGGCAGCCAGGAGACUACACAAACAGCACCUCUGAUGCACUCAGGUUCCUCGGUGACUACAACAGCACUGCUGAGGAGGUGUUCUUCUACAGCGUGUCUGCCAGCUGGAACUACAACACUAACAUAACAGAAUACAACUCCAAGCUUCAGGUCAAAGCAGCCCUUGAAGAACAAGCAUUUACUGAAGCCUGGGGAUUCAAGGCCAAGGAGGUCUUUUCUGAAACAUUUCUGGACUCUCUUCCAAACCCUAAAGACAAAAAGCUGAUGAGAGACAUUAAGGUGCUGGGUGCUGCCAACCUCCCACAGGCUGAAAGAGAAGAGUUCAACACCAUCCUCAGCACCCUGGACAGUAUUUAUUCUACAGCUAAGGUACACCCUGAGCCAAACAUCAGCUGGAGCCUGGAUCCUGAUCUCACAGAAAUCAUGGCUAGCUCCAGAAGCUACAAGCAGUUGCUGUUUGCUUGGGAAGGCUGGCACAAUGAAUCAGGUGUGCCUAUGAAACAGUAUUACCCAAGAUUUGUGGAGCUCAGCAACAAAGCUGCACGAGCUGAUGGAUUUGAAGACACUGGAGCAUAUUGGCGCUCUUGGUAUGAAACUGAAACUUUUGAGCAGGAUAUAGAGAAACUCUACAGGACCAUUGAGCCACUCUACCUGAACCUGCACGCCUUUGUGCGCCGCCAGCUCUACAACUUCUAUGGUCCCAAGUAUAUCAAUCUAAAAGGACCAAUCCCUGCCCACCUGUUGGGAAAUAUGUGGGCCCAGACUUGGAAUAACAUUUAUGAUAUGAUGAUACCAUUUCCUGAGAAACCCAACCUGGAUGUGACGAAUGAAAUGGUCAAACAAGGCUACAAUGCCACUCACAUGUUCCGUGUGGCUGAAGAGUUCUUCACAUCUUUGGGUUUAGCAGAGAUGCCCACAGAGUUCUGGGAAGAAUCGAUGCUUGUUAAGCCUAAUGACCGAGAGGUUGUGUGUCAUGCAUCUGCUUGGGAUUUUAAAAACCGCAAAGACUUCAGGAUUAAACAGUGCACCACAGUGACGAUGGAACAGCUUGCCACUGUUCAUCAUGAAAUGGGACACAUCCAGUAUUACCUGCAGUACAAGGACCAGCCGGUGGGCUUCCGUAGUGGAGCCAACCCUGGUUUCCAUGAAGCUAUUGGUGAUGUUAUGAGUCUUUCAGUUUCCACACCAAACCAUCUGCACAAAAUCAAUCUGCUGGAGUCUGCAGCAUCUGAUGCUGAAACUGAUCUUAACUACUUAUUGAAGAUGGCUCUGGAGAAGAUAGCCUUCCUUCCUUUUGGCUACCUCAUUGACCUCUGGAGAUGGAGUGUGUUCAGUGGAAGCACCGCUCCAGAGAAUUACAACUCUGAAUGGUGGUACCUCAGAACAAAAUACCAAGGGAUUUGUCCACCAACUAGACGUACAGAGGAGCAUUUUGAUCCUGGUGCAAAAUAUCAUAUCCCUGGGAACACCCCAUACAUCAGGUAUUUUGUCAGUUUCAUUCUGCAAUUCCAGUUUCAUGAGAAACUGUGCCAGGCUGCCAAACACACAGGUCCCCUGCACACAUGUGACAUCUACCAAUCUGCAGAAGCAGGAGCCAUUCUAAAGAAAGUUCUUCAGGCUGGCUCUUCCAGACCUUGGCCUGAUGUGCUUGAAGAUGCUAUAGGCACCAGGGAGAUGAGUGCCAGCUCAUUGAUGAAAUACUUUGAACCUGUAACUAAGUGGCUGGAGAAACAAAAUGUGAAUGAAACUCUGGGAUGGCCUGAAUUUGGUUGGGUUCCACCAAUUCCUGAGGGCUACCCUCAAGAUAUUGACAAGAAUACAAAUGAGCUUGAUGCAAAGCAACUUCUGCAAGAGUAUAACAGCACAGCUGAAGUUGUGUGGAACGCGUACACUGAAGCCUCCUGGACGUACAACACUGACAUCACAGACGCUAAUAAAGAAGUCAUGCUUAAGAAGAACCUGGAGAUGUCGAAGCACACCCUAGAAUAUGGACUGAAGGCUCGGAAGUAUGAUACCACUGACUUCCAGGAUCUGUCUAUCAAACGCAUCAUUGAAAGUCUCAGUGACAUUGAGAGGGCUGCACUGCCCUCAGCAGAACUGGAAGAGUACAACACACUUCUGUCCAACAUGGAGACAAAAUACAGUGUAGCUGAGGUUUGCAGGCCCAAUAAGACAUGCCAUCCACUGGAUCCAGAUCUGCAGAGGAUCAUGGCAGAGUCCAGAGAUUAUGAUGAACUGUUGUUUGCCUGGAAAGGAUGGAGAGAUGCUGCUGGCAAAGUAAUCCGUCAGGAUUAUAAGAAAUAUGUUGAAAUGGCCAACAAAGCUGCCACACUCAAUGGUCAUUCUGACAAUGGGGCUUUUUGGCGGUCUCUGUAUGAAACUCCCACCUUUGAGCAGGACCUGGAGACUCUGUGGAAGGAGCUAGAGCCGCUCUACCUGAACGUUCAUGCAUAUGUUCGAAGGGCUCUGUACAAAGAGUAUGGAUCCAAAUACAUCAACCUAAAGGGACCAAUUCCUGCUCAUCUGCUGGGUAACAUGUGGGCUCAGACCUGGUCUGGGAUAAUGGAUCUAGUCAUGCCCUACCCAGAUGCCACACAGGUUGAUGCUACACCUGCUAUGGUGGCUCAGGGCUGGAAUGCUUCCAGGAUGUUUCAGGAGUCUGAUAGAUUUUUCACCUCUCUGGGUCUGCUGCCAAUGCCCAAAGAAUUUUGGGACAAAUCCAUGCUGGAGAAGCCAAGUGAUGGACGGAAGGUGGUUUGCCACGCUUCUGCAUGGGACUUCUACAAUCGAAAAGACUUCAGGAUAAAACAGUGCACAGUUGUGACCAUGGAUGACCUGAUCACGGUGCACCAUGAGAUGGGUCAUGUUCAGUACUUCUUGCAGUACAAAAACCAGCCCGUGUCCUUCCGUGAUGGAGCCAACCCUGGCUUCCAUGAGGCCAUUGGAGAUGUUUUGGCCCUGUCAGUAUCCACACCCAAACAUCUGCAGAGCAUAGGCCUCUUGGACAAAGUAGAGAACAACCAUGAAAGUGACAUCAACUUUCUGAUGAGCAUGGCACUCGACAAGAUUGCUUUCCUGCCUUUUGGCUACCUCAUGGAUCAGUGGAGGUGGAAGGUUUUUGAUGGACGCAUCCCAUCAACAGAAUACAAUAAAGAAUGGUGGAACCUGAUACUGAAGUACCAGGGACUGUGUCCUCCUGUAUCUCGCACUGAGGACGACUUUGACCCAGGUGCAAAGUUCCACAUCCCCGCAAACGUGCCCUAUGUCAGGUAUUUUGUUAGCUUUGUCAUCCAGUUUCAGUUCCACAAGGCUCUUUGUGAUGCUGCUAACCAUGUUGGGCCUCUACACACAUGUGAUAUCUACAAAUCUCAGGCAGCUGGGAAACUGCUGAGCGAUGUGAUGAAGCUCGGUAACAGCAAGCCUUGGCCUGAAGCCAUGACCAUGAUCACUGGUCAGUCCAAAAUGAGUGCCCAGCCCCUCAUGCAGUAUUUCAAACCCCUCAUUGACUGGCUGGAGGCAGAGAACAGCAAGAACAAUGAUAUUCGUGGAUGGCCUGAGUAUGACUGGAAACCUUACAUGUUGAACCAAACAAACCCUACAGAAGAAACAAAUGCUAAUAAAGUGGACUUCCUGGGAUUAAGUGUGAACAGUUCAUCUGCCACAGCUGGCCAGUGGAUCCUAUUGGUCAUUGGUCUGGUCCUCUUGGUGGCCACCAUCCUAAUUGCCUACAAAUACAGGAAAUCAAAAAAGCCUAGAAGGUCCUCAUCCACACUGGAACUCAGGCAAAAAGACUAGACACAAGUACUGAAUCAAACUGCCUUACUGCGGUUAACACAAAACCAAACUCAAU